AAUUAUUGGUGUCCACGAGGCAGGGCCGUGCCCGGCCCCUCUGGCAGCCCGCGCCGCCUAUAAAACCCGGCGCCGGCAGCCGGCAGCCGGCCGUUGGCCGCAUGCACCGGUGACCAACCAGACCCCCCAUCCGGCCAUCCCCUCCCCAGUGUCGGAGCCUCCGCUCCCCCAUCGACUUGUCCCCAUUCCUCAGCUCCCACUCGCCGCCGGACCAAGCGGAUGGCGUCGGCGUCCAAGGAGGAGGUGAUCGGGAAGCUCAACGUCCGCGUGCUGCGGGGCAACAACAUGAUCAUCGCCGACCCGCUCACCCACACCAGCGACCCCUACGUCGUCCUCCAGUACGGCGCCCAGAAGGUGAAGACUAGUGUCCAGAAGAAGAAUCCUAAUCCAGUCUGGAAUGAAGUACUGCAGCUCUCAGUCACAAAUCCUACAAAGCCAGUGCACCUUGAAGUUUUUGAUGAGGACAAAUUCACAGCCGACGAUAGCAUGGGUGUGGCUGAGAUCAACAUAACUGACAUAUACGAUGCCGCGAAGUUGGAUCUGAGCCAUGCCACUAACGGAACCAGGAUCAAGACAAUAUAUCCAGUCGGUGUAAACUACCUUGGCGGUGAGAGCCAUGUUCAGUGGAAGGAUGGAAAGGUUGUCCAGGACUUGAUUCUGAAGCUGAAGAAGGUCGAGAGUGGCCUGAUUGUGGUGCAGCUGGAGUGGGUUCAUGUUCCUGGUGUCAAGCUGUGAGCCUCGUCUGAAUGAGGGUUGCAAUCGCUGCUUUGAUGGAGCUGCAGUUGUAGUUGGUCCCUAGUUUGAGUGUGUUAUUGUAAACUAUAUCCUGAACGUGGUGAUUUGCAAUGUAUGAGUGAUGUGUGUUGGUUUGAGUGUGAUGUUUUAUUUGAGGUAUUUCCCGGUGACAUGAUGUGGGUGUGCAGUCUGUGGUUCACGAAUAAGAAAAGCCCUGUCUAUGUCAAGUCGAGCGUGAUGUAAAUUAAGAAACUGAAAUAGAAGCGCUUUGGGCGUUAAUUGCUUUCCUUAAA